UGGUGUGUCCACGUGUGCAAGCUCGGGGAGGGGAGGGGGCGCAGAAGGCGUGACAAAGACGGACUUUGUGUCUUGAGUGUGCGCCUCGCUCUAGCCCAGAGCAGCGAACUGUGCCCGGCGUGUGUCCCUCACGGGAGAGCCAGGACGAAGGUGACGAAGGCUCGGUGAGACGCACCAAGGUGGCCCCCGCGCGUGUUCGUGUGUGUGCGCUGGGACAUGCGGGGCAGGAGAGGUUGCCCCCAAACCGCUUUCCGGAGGGAAAGCCGAAUCGUGAAAAGUGAGUGCGCGUGAGUGCGCGUGAGUGCGCGCGCCCGCGUGCGGGGGCGUGGCAGUAAACAGCAACAACACUCUGGCCAGCUCCGCCAGAAACUCCGAGCUCCCUCCCCGGCCGGAAAGUGCGCCUAGCCGGAGCCUGGAGGGACCCAGCCGGAGCCUGGCCUGGGAGCCAGCAUGGCCAUCCCCGAAGCCUUGCUGACGUGCCUGGGGCUGCCUGUCUUCCUAAUCGCAGGCGCCCAGGCCCAGAACCACGUGCCACCUGGCUGCAGCCCGGACCUCAACCCCCUGUACUACAACCUGUGUGACCGUUCCGGGGCCUGGGGCAUCAUUUUGGAGGCGGUGGCUGGGGCGGGAGUUGUCACUGCUUUUGUCCUCACCAUCAUCCUUGUGGCCAGCCUCCCCUUUGUGCAGGACACCAAGAAGCGGAGCCUCCUGGGGACCCAGGUCUUCUUCCUGCUGGGGACCCUGGGCCUCUUCUGCCUCGUCUUUGCCUGCGUGGUGAAGCCUGACUUCUCCACCUGUGCCUCUCGGCGCUUCCUCUUUGGAGUCCUGUUCGCCAUCUGCUUCUCCUGCCUGGUGGCGCAUGUCUUUGCCCUCAACUUUCUGGCGCGGAAGAACCACGGGCCACGGGGCUGGCUGAUCUUCACAGUGGCGCUGCUGCUGACCCUCGUGGAGGUGAUCAUCAACACCGAGUGGCUGAUCAUCACGCUGGUCCGCGGCGGCGGCGAGGGUGGCCCUCUGGGCAAUGACAGUGCCGCCUGGGCCACGGCCUCCCCCUGCGCCAUUGCCAACAUGGACUUCGUCAUGGCGCUCAUCUACGUCAUGCUUCUGCUGCUGUGUGCCUUCACGGGGGCCUGGCCUGCCCUGUGUGGCCGCUUCAAGCGCUGGCGGAAGCACGGGGUCUUCGUGCUGCUCACCACGGCCACCUCCAUUGCCAUAUGGGUGGUGUGGAUUGUCAUGUACACGUACGGCAACAGACAGCGCAACAGCCCCACCUGGGAUGACCCCACGCUGGCCAUCGCCCUCGCUGCCAACGCCUGGGCCUUUGUCCUCUUCUACGUCAUCCCGGAGGUCUCCCAGGUGACCAAGGCCAGCCCAGAGCAGAGCUACCAGGGGGACAUGUACCCCACCCGCGGCGUCGGCUACGAGACCAUCCUGAAAGAGCAGAAGGGCCAGAGCAUGUUUGUGGAGAACAAGGCGUUUUCCAUGGACGAGCCAGCCUCAGCUAAGAGACCGGUGUCACCAUAUAGUGGGUACAACGGGCAGCUGCUGACCAGUGUGUACCAGCCCACCGAGAUGGCCCUGAUGCACAAAGGCCCGUCCGAAGGAGCUUACGACGUCAUCCUCCCACGAGCCACCGCCAACAGCCAGGUGAUGGGCAGUGCCAACUCCACCCUGAGGGCUGAAGACAUGUAUGCGGCCCAGAGCCACCGGGCCACCACACCGCCGAGAGACAGCAAGAACUCCCAGGCUCAGUCCCCGCAAAAUAAAACGAGAUGGUAGAAGCCCUCUUCCCUGAACCACACGUCCAUCCUGAUGUCCUCAUAACUCUGUCUGGGCUGGGCAGGGCCCAGCACCUUUCCCGCCCUUGUCAUUGGAGCUGGGAGGGACCGGAGGCCACCAGCCAGAAGCAGAGGACUGAGUGGGGGCCUGUGAAGCCCUGAGGUGCGUGGCUGGGGCCCUGGGGCCAUUCCCUUUGCCUCUCCUGCGUCCCACGUGACUGAGGCCACAAGGAUCUACAGAACUGCCCAGCCUGCCUCCAUCCCCCGUCGACGCCCUUCCCCUAGUCACAGCCCAUGUGUCCCAUGCUGUGGUUCUCCAGAUGGCCAUCCUCAGAUGCCCUGUCUUCACACCACGGGCCUUCCUGGCUGUCUUGGUGUCCAGCAUCAGCUUGUCCUGCCUGCGCCUACGUGUUUGGAGCCAAGCCCUGGUGGAAGUGGGCUUUCUCAUCAGGGCUUCCUGCUACCACCUGGACUGCGGAAGGCCCCUGAGCUGGGACAGAGCUUGGCCCGAGGCCUGGGCAGACGCUGCUCCUCUUCGUGGCCUGUGGGUGCUGGAUCUUAGCCCCUUUGGUGCUUCCCUCACGUGCCCCCUUAUGCCAUGGCCCCAUGCCUUCCCCACCUGCAAUGAACUGGGGCCCAUCAAGACACAAGGUGGGGUUGGGGCUGCAUCCUCAGGGGCCAGCUGAGAGUCUUGGAUCACAUGGGCUGGGGUCUCAGCUGCUCACAGAACUGGGACUCGUGCCAUGUCCUGCUGGGCAGGUGUACAGAUUUCUGCCUCACCUUGGGCACCGCAAACGUGCUGGCACUCUUCUCUCCCACGACAUGCUCCAGAGGGUCCUGACGGCCACCCAGGGAAGUGGGGGGCAUCCUUUAGGACCCAAUGAUGGUGGUAGCAAGGGCGGAGAUGUGCACAGCUCCAGACUCACGGGAAUGAGAUCUCUGUAGCAUCAUCUCCUGGUUUUGUCCUGCGCUCGGGUACCAGGCAGAGCUGGCUGGCCCAAGGGGGCUUCCCCAGGCGUGCCCCUGGAGCUCUGUGCUCAGCGCAGAGUCACCUCUGGGUGCCCAGGGUGGGGGGAGAGAACAAGAGCAGGGCCCGACCUCACCCUGUGGUCAGCCCACAGCUCUCCAGCACCACCCUCCUGCCCCCAGCAACCUGUGCCUUUGUUACUGGAAUAUUUCUCAGGCCCCACAGAGAGAGUAGGGCCAGACAGCUGCCUGUGACAGCCCCCUACCCCCCAUUGCCACCAUUGACCGAUCAUGUGCUGGGUUGCUUAGCUCCACAAACAGAGUAUUACUUCUCUCUGAUGGAGGGACGAGGGAGCUCUCUGCACCUCAGACUUUUCUUGAUCUAGGUUAGUGGCCCCAAGAUCCCUUACAGUGAAUAAAGGCACUGUCUUGCUUUUUGAA